UCUUCCCCACCAUGUCCCUGCUGCCAGCCCCCCGAUCCAGGCGCCUCCCUCCCGGCGUGCAGUCUAGCAGAGCAGCUCCCUCCCUCCCCCCUCAUUCCUCCUAACCGUGCAGCUAGCGGAGAACGUCUGCCCUGUACUCACAGCAAGGUUCAGAACGUGUGAUUCAAUGUGGACGUUUUCCUUUUUGAAAGGAAGGCCCAAAGAUUGCUAUGAGGAUUUGACAGAUUCAGAUUAGCCGCCCCGUACGGGUAUCGGGAGACGAUACCAUGUAUCAAGGUUUUUUAGUCAUGAGAAAGUUCCUGUUUGUUGGAAUAGUAUUUGCAGCUUUGCUCCAUUUCAUGCUACAUAUAUUUGUUCAAAAGAAAACCAUCUCAACGUCCAUUGCGUCUCUACGAGAACCUUUCAGCACACUCAAACCAUCGACUGCAGAAACUGUGAAAUAUGCAUUCAGGUUAUCCACAGAUCCAGUCAAAGAAUACAAGUCUUGUUACAAUGAAAAGUUCCACAUUCUCUUGAACAUGUCUGAGAUUAAGCCUUUUCUAUGUGAAGACUACAGGAAACAGUCUGCAAUUCUUGGUGGCAACAAACUAGAUCUCCCGUAUGGAACCCGAAAAGGAGAAAGGUAUUUCGAUAUGGCUCUGAAGAAGCUUCCAAAGUGUGACCUUCCGGAAGAGAUCAGGAAUAUUUCCUGUAAGAAAUGUGUUGUUGUUGGGAAUGGCGGCGUACUUCGGAACAGCACACUAGGCAAGAAAAUUGACAGCUAUGAUGUAAUAAUAAGGAUGAAUGAUGGCCCCGUCCUAGGGUUUGAAGAUGAUGUUGGACAGAAGACUACUUUCCGCCUCUGUUACCCAGAGUCUAUCUUUGCAGACAGUUUGCACUAUGAUCCGAACACCACAGUGGUGCUUAUGAUGUUCAAGCCUCACGAUGUCAAAUGGUUGUCAGAAUUACUGUUGCACAGAAGUGUGAGCACUUACGGUUUUUGGAGAAAACCUGCCAUGAAGUUAAUCUACCAGCCUCAUCAGCUGAGAGUCCUCAACCCUUUCAUAAUUAAACAAGUAUCUCAAAAUCUGUUAAAUUUCCCAACAAAUUUUCCCAAGACAGAAAAGCCAAAGCACCCAACAACUGGCAUCAUUGCGAUCACGCUGGCGCUGCAUAUAUGCAACGAAGUCCAUAUUGCAGGAUUCAAAUACAACCUGACUUCACUGAAUAGUUCUCUUCACUAUUAUGGAAAUGAAACCAUGUCUGUAAUGGCUCAGAAUGAAUACCACAAUGUAUCAGCGGAGCAGAUGUUUCUUAGGGACCUUAUUGAACACAAAACAGUAACGAAUUUGACGUAAAAAAAAGCUCUGGACCUGGAAUGUCAUCCACAUAAAUACCUACUGUAUAGUAUUAAUAUUUUUAUAUAUGUUGGAGGUUUUUUUUUAAACCAAGGAAGUUGUUGUGAACUGGAUAUAAUGACCCAGGAGUCGUUUUGCCUGUUACCCUUCUGUAGACUUCCUCUGCUUAUGACGAGCAGCCAUCUGGACCUGGAUAAGCCAUUGUGUAAAGUACAGACCGCAGCAUUGACUCCUGAACCACUAAAAGGAGACACAAAGUCUUUCAUUUUGUACAGGACUAUAGUGAACAGCUUGUAAAGCAAAUAUGUAUUAUAAAGAUUCUUCUUUCCAUCACUUACAUGUCAUUAAUUAUUGCUCUGUUUAGAUGAAGUUUCUUGAAUCCUCUUCCUUUUUACUUUAUUAAAGUUAAUAUAACUUUUCUAACCUUUCUGCAAUUAUAUGGGGAAACCAAGUAAUUCGGGUCCUGACUGCUGUCGUACAUUCACUACCUGUGUAUGUGCCCUGGUCGGGUGUGGAUGCAGAAACCACAGCGCGCAUUGCACACUUACAGUAUAGUCCCACAUGGCCACCAUGGUACGUCUGGAAAACGCACCAACAUGCAAGCUGGCACAGUUCUUGAAUUGGUAAACCUGAAAAACUGCACAGCCAUUCAACAUUCAGCAAUCAGUUUUUAACAACCAGUUUGAAAACCUGCUUCCCUGUCCAUGCAGUUUUCAGAGGCCACAUGGCCUCCUGAUUGGUCACUAAGGCAGGUUCUUGAGUCAAACACAAGCGUGGAUACAAACAAGAGAAGUGUCAGUCUUUAUACUUUUUUUUUAUUUUUUUGAUCCAUUCCUGGCUUUGUCUCUGAAAUCUGCCAGAAAUGGAUGGCCUAUCCAUAGGAUAAGCCAUAAAUAUACAAUAGCAUACAGGUCUCACCUCAAUCUCGUGAAUGGAGAGCCCACAGCGUGUGCCUGGCAUCCUCCCCAUUCACUGCCAUAAGGCUCCUGAAAAUAUCUGGACUUGCUAGUUCUAUUUUAAGAAGUCCCAUAGCAGUGAAUGGACUGGAUGCCGAGCAUGUACGGCCACCCCUCUACUGCUCAGAGACUUCCAAAAAUAUCAUGACAUCGCUCAACUAUCUUAGAAGUCCAUAGCAGUGAAUGGAGAGGACGCCGUACAUGUGCAGCGGGCUCUCCAUUCACUUCAGAGCUUUGUUCGUAAGAUAGGAGCCGGUCCCAGAGGGGUGACCCGCACCUAUCGGACAUUUGUGGCAUAUCCUAUCAAUACGCCAUAAAUUUCCAGAUGGGACAACACAUUUAAAAGGGUGUUCACACAAAAAAACAUAUCCCUAUCCCCCUUAUGAUUGGUGGAGACCUCAUGAAUCGGACCCCCUGUAAAUCAGACUCUAUCCUCUACAUUGUGGAUAGAGGGUAAGUGUUUGAUGUGGCAGAACCUCUUUAAAAUGGAAUAAAGAGAAGUUAUAUAUGUGUGCGUCAGCUGUUUGCCAUUUUCAAGAUCUGUUUGCUGUCCGUGAACCAAAACCCUCUUGUUUCCAUACAGAUGCUGAGAACUUUAGGCUAAAUGCACACGAUCGGGAUUGCAUCUACACUGUAGGCCAUGUACAUUGUAUUCUAUGAGAAUUUGAAAUUCUCAAUGCACACAAUGCAGAUUUUUUUCCGUGCAGAUUUUUACCUGCGGUGCGGUAUUUUAAAAUCUGCAGCAUGUCAAUUUAUUUUAUUUUUCCUGACCGGAUUUUCUCCAUUCACUUAGUAAAAUCUGCAUGCAGAAAAUCCGCACCAAUUGAUGCGGAUGACCGCACGGAUUUGCAUGCGAACACCUGCGGAUUUCAGUGCAGAUUCUCCCCCCAUGAAUCCUGAACAUGUGCAUGGGCCAUUACAGUGUUCCUGAUGAUCACAGCUGAGAGAUAAAUCUAAUUGUAUCCAGUUUAGAUGAUCCUCUGUGAACUAAAUACAUCCUCUGUGCCGUUCUGAGAGUUUGCUUCAGUGUAUCAGUUUAGUUAAAACAUAUCUGUAAUCUAGACUUUUUAGUUCUCAAGAGGUUGUCCAGACUACAAACCGUUUUUUCCACCUCCUUCCUCUGAGCAGGACUAGAUCUGUGUAGUUUUCAGAAUCUGGAUGUAGACAGCAAUUCUUUCAUUCACUGACAGCAAAGCACGAUCUUGGGAACACAGGUCCUAGUAAGUAGAAUGGGACCCUGGACAGUGCUCUGUAGUCGUCAAGUAGCAUCUCUUCAUGCCCAAUGUGAUAUCUGGGAAGAGUUCCCAAAUUGCAGGACACUUUAAGAAUAACUGACAUGAAAUCGGCCUUAAAAGAGGUUGGGCGUACACUGGCACACGUCGCCGGACCUGCAGGGAGAAGCAUACUUACCUGCUCCUCGCCACUGGGUUCCGGGUCCUUUUGCCUCCUUGGUUCAGUAGCCACAUGUCAACAUCUAGUUGACGUGGGUCAUAUGACCGCUGACGUGUGCCCCAUGCAUCAUGGAAUACAUGGGGGACAUAUCGCCGCUGGGACCAUUCAUUGGCUGCAGGUGCCACAUCACCCACGUCAAAAUGGAUGUUGAUAUGCGGAGAGCAGUGGUGCGGUACUGAAGGAGACAGCUUAGCAAUGGGGAGCCGGUAAGUAUGCUUCCAUCCACAGGUCUGGCAGUGGGGUGUGGUCUACCCAAAAGGCUCCUUAGGGUAAACAACCCCUUUAAAACAUAACCGGCCCAAGCAUCCACUAACACGUUUAGAUGGACUUACCCUUUAAAUUAGGGCAUCAGCAAUAGAUGUUAACCCAUCCACUCACACGUAUGGCUGGUUCUCAGUGAGAAGUGGAGCACGUCAUCUAUGCAUAGACUACAGAUUACAGCUGCCCCGUUGGAUGCCAGUUAAUACUGUAGAUGACUGUGCUCCUCUGGCUCACCAUUUACAGAAGUGCUCAGUCAAAUCUAUCUAAUAGUAGAAGCAGUUUACAAUCUGACCCAUUGAAACACUGAAUAAUUGAAGUCUUAGUGCAAUUCCGAAAGCAGUAUUAACAUGAACAAUCUGUGCAUCCCUGGUGAUGCAUGGCACACUGGAUACCUGCACAUAUCCUGCAUCCCUGUGUGUACUGAAUGUUCCUAAAAUCUCUGUUCCCCUGAAUGUGCCUCAGUGAUAUCGCUAAGAUGAAUGGGCACAGUGGUGCCAUCUGUUCUUGCUUCUCUGCAGUCUGCAAAAUGGCUGCCUCUACCAUGUAUGCCUUACGUUUGUGAAAUUUAAGCCUUCAUUUUGACUUUUAAUUUUCUCUGUAUAUGUAAUUUAAGUUCUUAUCUGACAGACAAUUUAUGAUGUAUCUGGAGACACAUUGCAUUGUACAUGUUGUGUGAACAGAGGAUUUAACAUUUUACUGAUGUUUUGAAUAAUUAAAAACACAUGCACAAUAACGGGGAUAACAUUAAAUCGCUGUCUGUUUUUUACUC